AUCAUUAUUCGCUCAAACGUUUCUCUGACAUGGCUAGUCAAGACUAUUGGUCGGAAUUAGAAAGGUGAAUUCCAUCUUUCCACUCCGUGGGGUAGUUGCCUAGACCUCCAUUACUAAACGAACUAUUAAUAACUUUAUCUAAUCGUUCGGAAAAUGCAACCCAAGUGUUUGGGAGUAGUGGUAAUCGACUGCUGCUGAAAUGUGGUCAGUAAUAAUUCUAAUCUUGGUUUUGGUUCUGCUGGCUUAUUUGGACACGCGGAAGCCGAGGUACUUUCCACCGGGCCCCGCCUGGUUUCCGAUUUUAGGAUGCGCGUGGGAACUGCGGAGGUUGCAGAAGGAGACGGGCUCGUUAUCUGGGGCGACGCAAGCGUUGGCGAGAAGAUAUGGUCCGGUGGUUGGGGCGCGAGUGGGCCGAGAACGUGUCGUCUUCGUCUGCGGCUCGAAAGCGAUCCACGAGCUGCUUUCCAGAGAUGAGCUCAACGGUAGGCCGGACAGUGACGUUACCAGGAGUAGAACUGGUGGAAAACGCAGAGGUCUCCUCUUUACAGACUCCGAAUUUUUACAAGAACAAAAAAGGUUCGUACUCCGACACAUUAACGAGGCUAGUUUCCGAAAAGAGGUCAUGCGGGAGUCGAUCGAGGAAGAGGUGAGAUCUAUCAUCGACGGUGUCACGAGAGCAAUCGAAAAGAACCCCGUGGUCGACAUGUACAGUUUCUUCCGGAUUCAUGUGUUGAACGCGUUUUGCUUUCUAAUAUCAGGCCAGACAAGCCAGCAACACGAGUUGAGUGAUUUGGAGGCCAUCACUGCGUCUUUUUCUGAGAAUGUUCCCUUGGCCGGUCCGAUAUUCGGCCUGUUUCCGUUUUUAAGGCACAUCUGCCCCGAUUAUUGUGGAUAUAACUUGCAUGUAGAAAUGCAUGAAAAAAUAUUGGAGUUCUUCCACAAAAAGGUAGAGGUUCUCAGGGACGCUGCCUCCACUCGUGGCUUCAUUCACGCAUACUUGGACAAACUAAAUUUAGGCCAAAGCGGUGACAGCUUCUCCGAAGAGCAACUACUAGCAGUUUGCUUAGACCUGCUGAUUGCUGGUUACGACUCCACUUGCAAUACCCUAAAAUUUGCGUUCUUGUAUCUCAUACUGCAUCCAGAUAUUCAGAAGAAAGCUCAAGAGGAAAUCGAUACCGUCCUCCAGGGGAGAUUACCUACUGUAGAGGACAGAUCAUACUUACCCUACGUCGAGAGUAUAGUCUUGGAAUCAAUACGGAUGUUUGUAGGCAGAUCUCACUAUGUACCCCGUAGGGCGACCAAAGAUACGCAACUUAGCGGCUACUUCAUUAGGAAGAACACCACCAUAAUUGGAAACAUCCGAGGAAUUCUUAUGGAUGAAGCUGCGGGUUGGCACAAUCCGGAAGACUUCGAUCCCGGCCGUUUCAUGCGAGACGGUAGCCUGAAGAUUUCGGACAAUUUCAGUCCGUUCGGUUCGGGCAAGAGAAGAUGCGUGGGAGAGGUCUUUGCUCGCGAAAACAUGUUUGUCGUGGUCGCCGGUCUUCUUCAAGCGUUUAACUUCGAGACCGUGCCUGGGAAUCCUGCAACGGUAGAAGCUGUCGAAAACUUUACUCCGACAGUCAAACCUUACAAGACAUACGUUACAUUGAGAUAAAACCACCCAAACACUUCCUGGUCACGCCACCUAGUGCACGGCUUACUAUCAAACCGAAGCCAAUAAAUAGUUAGUACGUCUAUCAUUACAACCAAUCGGUUUAGCUCUGUAUCGUAGAAACAAAAGGGUCGAGGGGUUGUGUUUAAUGACGAAUCUGCGCACAACUACCCUUAACCAAAACUAAUAAUAAAUAAUCAUAUACCCCAUCCGUUUAA